GGCUGCGGGGUCCCGGCUGCAGCUGCGAGGCCCAGCUCAACCCCGCCGGUCUAGGGUCUGGGUUGGGAGCUGCCAGUGGAGGAGAGGGCGGGGCAAGGGGCGUCUUUCUAUUGCACUUUCUCUUUGCGUUCAUGAGGUUGCCUGGCCGCGCUUUAGAGAGGUUUGCAUUAGCUCCGAGUCCGUCUGACAAGUGAGGAAACUGAGGCCGAGAAGUGGGAGGCGUUGUCAUCUGCUGGGUCACGCAACCUGCUAAGAGGAGGCCGGGGACCAAGACCUCGGGGUCUGCGCUCCCAGGCCCGCUUGGGUCGGUGGGCGUGGGGAGCAAGGGCCUUGCGUCGUUCCCUCCACCCAGCUGCACCCCUCGCCGCUGCAGGAGGCUCCCUGGAGGAGGAGCUCCGGACGCGGAGGAGGAGCCAGGGCAGCCCCGGGAGCGGGGACACAAUCCUCCUUGAUAAGAGGCAGAGCCCGAGAGGAACCCCGUCAGCCAGUUGGGCAGAAAGCUCCGGGAGCAGCCUCAUGGAAGAGAAGCAGAUCCUGUGCGUGGGGCUGGUGGUGCUGGACAUCAUCAAUGUGGUGGACAAGUACCCGGAGGAGGACACGGAUAGCAGGUGCUUGUCCCAGCGAUGGCAGCGUGGAGGCAACGCAUCCAACUCCUGCACUGUUCUCUCCCUGCUUGGAGCCCCCUGCGCCUUCAUGGGCUCACUGGCCCCAGGCCAUGUUGCCGACUUCCUGGUGGCUGACUUCAGGCAGCGGGGUGUGGACGUGUCUCAGGUGGCCUGGCAAAGCAGGGGGGAGACCCCAUGCUCUUGCUGCAUCGUCAACAACUCCAAUGGCUCCCGUACCAUAGUGCUCUAUGACACAAACCUGCCAGAUGUGUCUGCUAUGGACUUUGAGAAGGUUGAUCUGACUCGGUUCAAGUGGAUCCACAUUGAGGGCCGGAACGCAUCCGAGCAGGUGAAGAUGCUGCAGCGGAUAGAGCAGCACAAUGCCAGGCAACCUCUGGAGCAGAAGAUCCAGGUGUCCGUGGAGGUGGAGAAGCCCCGAGAGGAGCUGUUCCAGCUGUUUGGCUAUGGAGACGUGGUGUUUGUCAGCAAAGAUGUAGCCAAGCACUUGGGGUUCCGGUCAGCGGUGGAGGCCCUGAGGGGCUUGUACGGUCGUGUGAGGAAAGGGGCAAUGCUUGUCUGUGCCUGGGCUGAGGAGGGCGCCGAUGCCCUGGGCCCUGAUGGUCGGCUGUUCCACUCGGAUGCUUUCUCACCACCCCGGGUGGUGGAUACUCUGGGGGCUGGAGACACCUUCAAUGCUUCUGUCAUCUUCAGCCUGUCCCAGGGGAAGAGCAUGCAGGAGGCGCUGAGGUUUGGCUGCCAGGUGGCUGGCAAGAAGUGCGGCCUGCAGGGCUUUGACGGCAUCGUGUGAGUGCCCUGUGGCAGGAGGCACAGCUCACACACUCCCCCCUUGGAGGCUGGCAUCACUGGCUGCCAUUGCCUCCUCCCCUCCGUCCAGCCUGGCAUCUGGGCUGCCCUGCUCCCUGGGCAGAUGCAGGCUGUGGGAGGGUUCUGCCUGUGUCCUGGCAUCUCACACUGCAGAACUGCAGAGCAAAUAAAUCUCCUUCCCCAAGCCAGCUUCCUCUGGCAGUCCGUUUGUCCUUGAUGUCCCAACUGCUCUGGCUGGGGAUUCCUGAGGCUUUGACACAAUAGUCCUUCGCCCUCUUUUUCUCCAUUCCCCAAAUUCACCUUCCCACCCAGGCCCGGAGGAGGGGCUGCCUACACCAGAGCAGCAGGAAGUGCCCCAGGCUUGCCGCCUGCUGUGCCCUGGGAGUGCAGGAGGCGGGAGGCAGGAGGCACAGCCACAGGGAUGGGUAGAGACGGAGCCUUCCUGCCUGGGGAGGACACUUAACUCCUUGCACCCCAGGGAACCUUCCAAAUAACCAUGAGAAAAGCUCCUCUGAGCCCCUGCGCUGUCACAAGACUCCAGUCUCAUGGCCCCAGGAGUGUCCACAUGGCAGAGCCAACCUGACAGGCCAGCUGGCUGGGAGCCUACUGUGUGGUUUGCUGGAGACCUUGCAGUCCAAAAAUAUCUUCCCAGUGACUGCCCCAGAGGCUGAACGCCCCACCCUUGGAGCCAACUUGUAGUUAAAGUGGUGUCUCAGCCUCAGAUGUGACCCAGGAUACAGAGCGUUGCUUCCCUGGGGGAGAUGAGGUCCGGGGCAUUGGAAUUGGCCAAUUUCCAUAAGGGAGUUGGCGCAGGGUGGGUGAGGCCAUAAAAUGUGAGAAAGUGCAUGGGCUUUGGAGUCAGCCAGACCUGAAUUCAAAUCUGCCAGUUAGUUAGCUGUGUCACCUUGGGUAUGUUACUGAACUCAAUCUUCCUCAAUUUCCUCCUCUGUCAAAUGGACCUAAUUCUGCCUUGUCAUAGAAUUAUUGUGAGGAUAAAAUCAGCCAGCAUAUAAAAUGCCCAGCAUGAUGCCUGGUGUGUGUACUAGGCUCUCAGUAAAUGGUAGUUAUUGUUACUAUUAUGGGGGUGGAGGGAGGCAGA